CCACAGUGAGGACUGCUCUCAGCCACACCUACUUGGGAGCAACGUUUCAGUCAUCUGCUGUUUCUUUGUCUUGUUGCCCCUUCUUGGCUCCACAAAUCUAAAUCACAACAGUCAAGCUUGAAAUGGGUGCUGGCUUACAUCAGAGAAAUGAGGUGUUGAUUGCAAGUGAGAAGAAAUGGGGAAGAUAUUGUGUGGAAAUUCUCAAGUCACCCCUGAUUUGUUGCCGGAAACACCGCUGGUGCCGUCCCUGACAGCAAUAUCGUCGGCACGAACCAGCUGCAUCUCGCAGAAGCCCCGCAGGCGUAGCGGAAGUGACAGUGCUGCCAGGCCCCGGCCGUUGCGCUCAGCCCCCAGGCCAGGCCCUAGCCAAGGCAGCAUGGAGGUGGGCAUGCGCGUGGUGCGUGGCCUGGACUGGAAAUGGGGUAACCAGGAUGAUGGCGAGGGCCAUGUGGGCACUGUGGUGGAGAUUGGGCGGCAGGGCAGCACCACCACACCAGACAAGACAGUGGUGGUGCAGUGGGACAGCGGCACGCGAACCAACUACCGCACAGGCUACCAGGGUUCCUUUGACCUGCUACUUUAUGAUAACGCUCAAAUCGGUGUGCGCCACUCCAACAUCAUCUGUGACAGCUGCAAGAAGCAUGGAAUCAUGGGAAUGCGAUGGAAGUGCAAGGUGUGCUUCGACUAUGACCUGUGCACCCAGUGUUACAUGAACAACAAGCACGACCUGAGCCACGCUUUCGAGCGUUACGAGACGGCACACUCCCAGCCAGUGAGCUUGGCACCGAGGCAGAACCUCCCACGGAUCAUCCUCAAAGGAAUCUUCCAGGGGGUUAAAGUGGUUCGUGGACCUGACUGGGACUGGGGCAAUCAAGACGGCGGGGAGGGUAAGGUUGGGAAGGUAGUGGACAUUCGUGGCUGGGACACAGAGUCUGGUCGCAGCGUGGCCAGUGUCACCUGGUCAAAUGGCACCACCAAUGUCUACCGAAUGGGACACAAGGGCAAGGUAGACCUCAAAUACGUGUCUGAUGGCCAAGGAGGAUUUUAUUACAAAGACCAUCUACCAAAAUUAGGAGAGCACGCCGAGCUGCAGCGCCAGGAGAGUGCUGACGGCCACUCCUUCCAGCAGGGCGACAAGGUCAAGUGUCUCUUGGAGGUGGACAUCCUGCGACAGAUGCAAGAGGGCCACGGAGGGUGGAACCCCAAAAUGGCAGAGUACAUUUGCCGGAUCGGGACUGUUCAUAGAAUCACUGACCGAGGAGAUGUCAGAGUCCAGUACAGCAACAACAUCCGCUGGACUUUCCAUCCUGGGGCCCUCACCAAGGUGAACACUUUUGGAGUUGGCGAACUAGUUAGAGUACUGGAGGACAUGGAGAGUGUGAAGAGACUGCAGGCUGGCCAUGGAGAGUGGACAGACAGCAUGGCUCCUGUGCUUGGCCAGGUCGGGAAGGUGUUGAAAGUAUAUGCGGACGGUGACCUACGGGUGGCCUUCGGAGUGCAGACUUGGACAUUCAACCCAGCGUGCCUCUCGGCCCAGCCUGUGGAGGUGGACGCCAACCUCAUGACAGCCGAGAACCCCAACGAAUCUGGAAGUACUGUCAUCUCCGUGUUGGAGAAGCUCCUGUCUCAGUCCACAGAGCAGGACAAUCCCAGCCGGCUGGUCAUUGAGGCAGCACACGGCAGUGCCAGCAAAGUGCGGGAGUUGGUGCAGAAGUAUCCUGACAAGGUGGAUAUAAAGAACCAGGGAAAGACUGCGCUGCAGGUCGCCGCUCACCAAGGCCACAUGGAGGUUGUGAAGGCCCUGCUGCAAGCCAACGGCUCCAUCGAGGUUAAGGAUGAAGACGGAGACACAGCAUUGCACUACACUGCCUUCGGUAAUCAGGCAGAGAUUGCACGGCUGCUGUUGAGCAAGGGGGCAAAUGUCAACCUUCUGAACAACUCCAUGUGCACAGCGCUCCACAUUGCCGUCAACAAGGGCUUCACCGACGUGGUGCGAGUGCUGACCGAACAUUCGGCUGAUGUCAAUCUCCAGGACUCAUAUGGGGAUACGCCGCUGCAUGACGCCAUUGCUAAAGAUUUCCGCAAUAUCAUCGAGAUCCUGGUCUUGGUGCCCAACAUUGACUUCACCCAACAGAACCACCGAGGCUUCAACCUGCUGCACUAUGCUGCCCUCAAAGGAAACAAACUGGCUACAGAGAAGAUCCUGGCCCGAGCGCGGCAGCUUGUGGACGUUAAGAAGGAGGACGGCUUCUCCGCGCUGCAUCUGGCCGCUCUCAAUAACCACCGCGAUGUCGCAGAAAUCCUCAUCAAGGAGGGACGCUGUGACAUCAACAUCCGCAACAACCGGAACCAGACGCCGCUGCAGCUGGCGGUGACACAGGGCCACACUGACCUGGUGCAGCUGCUGGUGGCCGAAGGCGCUGACGUCAACAUGGAGGACGAGGACGGUGACACUGCAAUGCAUGUGGCCCUCCUCCGCCCGCAGCUGGCCAAUGUUAUGCUCAGCCCCGCCGUAGGAACCAGCAGCACCGAGGAGAGCAGCGAGGGUUGCUCCUCCACAACGCUCUACUGCAGGCUGAAUGCUUCAGGUCUUCUGGGGAAUACCGAGCUGAGUGUUGGCGCAGCUAUUGCUUGUUUUCUAGCGCAGGAGGGGGCUGACAUCAACUACGCCAACCACAAGGGCAAGAGUCCCCUGGACCUGGUCGCAGACGGUACCAUGCUGCAGCUCAUCAAGAGCUUCUCUGAGAAACACAGGUUGCAGCGUCUGCAGGCCAUCACGUGUGGACAGGGCCUGAGCAGCCUGCGGCGGGUCCACACUACACCCAACACUAUGACCAACCUGGUUCUUCCCACACCGCCGGGACCCAGCGAAUGCCUCAUCUGCUCCGAGCUGGCUCUUCUGGUUCUCUUCUGCCCCUGCCAGCACAGUGUGGCCUGUGAAGAGUGCGCCCAUCGGAUGAAGAAAUGCAUCAAAUGCCAAGUCACGAUCACCAAGAAAAUUAGACAAGACCAAACUGAAGUGGACUGCAGCCCCGGCACAGAGAACUCGGAGCAGCACAACCUGCUGGAGCAGCUGCAGUCUCGCUACCGCCAGAUGGAGGAGCGAAUCACCUGCCCCAUCUGCAUCGACAACCACAUCAAGCUGGUCUUCCAGUGCGGACACGCCUCCUGCAUCGACUGCAGCGCCGCGCUCAAGACCUGCCCAAUCUGUCGGCAGACCAUCCGCGAGCGGAUCCAGUUAUUCGUCUGAGCUUCUCCUGUCCUCUCAGCAUCUUAACGACCCAAAGAGGAUGUUGGAGGGGGCUGGAGAGAAGUGGGGGUCGGAGGGGGCAGCUGUUACCUUUUUUUUAAGACCCAGUGACCUAAUAUCUGCCUGUCGCACCCUCCUGCUCACCCUGCCCCCCCCUCCCUGUGAUCAAAUACUCACUCAGCCCAUAGGUUGCUUUACUAGAAGACGCUGUGUUACAUCGCUGAGAGUCCACUGUUUGUUACAUUUUGAGUAGUUUCCCUCUUGAGCGGGGAACAUGUUCAUAUCUUAAUUUUCAGCGUCAGAACUGAUGUUCCGCCGAGCCCGACGGGAAGCAGACAAGGUGAAGUUGCGCGGUGGUGCUGCCACUUUGAAUACUCUGAUUGGUAAUCUGGGAGAAAAAGGUCCCCACCUCUUCUUGUCCUCACUCCCACCCAGCCUGCACCUCCUGUGAUCUGUCCUAUCUUUGCUGCUUUCAGUGGAUGUCUGUUACCCAUCAUCCUUUCUGGCUGUCUGGCCUCCUCUGUUUACAAGGCUGCGCAGAGUCAGUCCCCGUCUUCUCGCCCCUCAGCCUGUCCUGUGAAUUAUGUUUGCUCUCAUUUGUACCAAUCUCUUAAUAAUCAGUGUUAGUCUCUGCAGAGGGAGUUGGUAUAACUAAAGGCUCUCUAUAUAGUCCCCAACCACUCGCCUGUAUGCAAGGGGAAAUACACACUAUAUAUGCAUGGAUAUAUGCAUAUUGUAAAGCUGAAAAUGACUGUGUUGUCAUGGGUGAUUUGUUGUCGUUGUUGUUUUAUUUCUCUCUGGUUACAUUUGUGGUUUUUAAUGUACCGAUAAGUACAGAUUUUUAUUUAUGUGUGAAAGGUGGUAUUACUUAGUAAUGUCCUUUUUUCAUUUGGUGUUUGCUUGGCAAAAAUGUUUUUAUUUCUACUGAAAUUCACCCCAAGCCUAUGUCCUCUACUCAGGGUAUCAAAUCAUUAAAGCACUUGUGAUAUCCAUAACAGGUUAAAGAACCCCCCCUACACACACCCACCCACCCAUCAUUAAAGAGCUACAGUGUAUUGGAUCGUUUUAGUGGAGGGUCACUGAAAGAAAAGGUCAUUAAUAACCAGUCAGAAAGUUGCGCAUAGUGACUCAAAAUUGCAGAAAGAAACACUCUAUUCACUUUAUUAACCUUCAAAAUGUCAUUCUCAUUAGUGAAAUGAAUGUUUGCAGAAGAGUUUUUGCAACAAAACUAACAUUUUCCUCCACAAAUCGCAACAACAACAAAAAAAAAGUCCUAAAAACAUCCCAGAAGCUUUAUCUCUGUGUGGCCAGAAAGCAUUGUGUCGGUCUGCCUGUUUGUGUCUAAAGACCACAAUCUGUCUGUCAUAUGACCGCUGUAGAGACCCCAACGAGCGCCGGGUUCACAGUUUAAAGGAGGGCACUCGUGUUUGUUAGUUAUCCACCAGAUGUAUUGUAAGAUAUAGAAUCAGAAGGGCAAAAACAUGACAUUGUUGCGUUGCACCUCUCGUUCCACGUCGUUCCCAGUCGAGUCACGUCAGAAGAAAAACUCCCCUUUCUCCUCUGGAGUUCUGGAUUGUACAUUGUCUUCAUCCUUUCUAAUGUGUUGGUGUGUUUUCUUGAAGGGCUUAUGCAUAUGAGAAAAAAAAAUCGUAUCUAUUUUAAUCUUUAUUUAAUUGUUAUUUUCUAUAACAGACUUCCUUAGACAGGAGGGGUAUUUUGUCUUCAUUAGAUCCCAAAUUUUGGGAGAGCCAAUGUUAAGAUGUACAUUUGAAUGUCGGGGGGGGUGAAAAAAUGUAUCCGGUCUCACUCUGCCUUUUUUAUGUGUAAAGAAAAAAAAGAUGUAAGCGAAAGCUGGCGAGACUGAGACGUGUUUACCACGAGGUUUACUUUGAGGAAAGAACUUUUACAUCAGUGCCAAAUCGCAUGAGGAUGUGCAUGGGCAUGCACGCCCGAAUUUAUCUAGGCGCACUACGCUAAACCCCUCCGAGCUCAAGUGAGGGUUCAAUUAUUCCAGCAGUGUAAAGUAAACUAAAAGCAAACUUUAAUAUUUUAUUUAGUUCAAAAUCAGAAGUAUUAUCUCAGCACACUCAGUUACUGGUGUUAGAAGUUGAGCUAAUGGUGUUAGCCUCCUAACUUUAGCUGUAGUGCUCUGAACCUCCUCAUGUUCUCAGUGGUGCAACACUCACUUUGAAAAUAUUAUCAGUCCCAUAUUGUUUGGCGCUUUUUACAAGUAUAUAUAUUUAUAUUUUGUGAGACAUUAUCAAUCAAGGGACAUGUUUCUUACAGAAAUUUUGAGAUUUUAAGGAUUGUCCAUUGGUGUUCUGAUGAGUUGAUGGGUUUACAGGCAAAGGCAAUAAUGUUUUAGAAAAAUGGGGAAGAUGUGUUAGUUCUUUCUUUUUCUCCCCCUUAAGGAGGUGGCUGUGAGGGCGGGAAACAAUUUAUGUAUAAAAACACAAUUAAAGCAGCAAAUGUUACUAUUGGUGUUUGUACAGUUCAGCUCUUGGAGUUCUGAUGUUGGCCUUACUGUCCAUUCCUCCUCUGUUGAUGUUUUUUCAGUUGUAUUCUGUACAAAAAUAUUUUGCAAUAAAUAUGGAACUGUUUUCUAAGGA